GUAUCAGUUAGCUAGUGUGCGUAGCUCAGUCGCGACCGGAAAGUGCCAGUUUCUCUUGAGCUCUAAUCGCUUCGUUGCGUCUCCAUCAAAUACUGGAGAGAAGAAUACGUCGUAACAAAUUUUUUUUUUUUAUAUUCUUAACAAUAUUCAUAACAAUCUGAAGUUAACGUGACACUGUGUCGUCAUAUUCCGAGUGUCCGCGUGAUGACAAUAAUCUAAGAAGUAAAUAUAACGUAUACAGUAGUGUGAUAGCUGCAUUGGUAGUCAUCUUAAAGAAGGAAUGUCUUAUUAUUAAAGGGAAUUAUAAACAUGAUUAUCAUUAAAUCAACUAUUAAAUAAUAGUAGUAUUUAAUAAACAUUUAACCGGUGUUUAUUGGGCUAACCACAUUGAGUGUUUUGAAGCUUUGUAAAAUCCAGUGGGAAAAUUUGUUGACGUGCGCGCAUGAUUCGUCUCGACGAUCAAUCAGUGUGUGUGUGUGUAUAUUAGUGUAUGCAAUUUAAAUACGUGUAUAUUAACGUGUUUUCUUUGUGUCUCUUUGAACUAAAUAACAGAUUUACGACGCAGAGGUGACCUUUUGAGCGCGCAAUUAAAAAAUAGAGGUUAGGAAACACUGACAGAAAGAAAACAAUCCGUUUCUACGUAUUAUUUAUUUAGUGCUCAUUGACUCCAAGUGACUUAUUGGAAAAUAUAUAACAACUAAUCCUGUACGUUUAUGACAUCUGUGGAAAAGCCUUAAUAAGGAAGAUGUGAUGAUAUUGUAUGUAUUGUAGUUAAUUUAAAAGCGACGUGGUUGCGUUGAGGCGCGCGUUUCCGGAUUAGCCGCUUCCUCGGGGCCACGUCGUUGACGUGAGCGACUAGUGCGCACAUUUAAUUAAGUGUUGCGUGCACGCGUGUGUAUUCUGUGUGCUUCCUGAGGAGCAUUAAAUGCCCCAAGGGUGGGGUGCUCAAGUUGAUAUGAUUGUGAUGCAUAUUUGAAAUAUUUAAGUAUGAGACCACGUUCAAAUUUUAUUGAACGUUAUUCUGUUUUUUCCUUUUUCUAUUUAUCUUUUAUUCUACUCUCGAAUGCUGUACCAAGAACGAUUGUAAUACUUAGUUGCCAUACUUGUACUCCUAUAACUCAUACGUCAAGAUUAUAUUUGGAUACACCAGAACGGCGUCCAACUCUGUCGCGCUCUUGAAUUCCUGCGUCGACCGGGACCGACUUCGAGAGCGUGAGCGGCAAGCACGCGCAGCGAUGUCGGUCCAGGCGGAGCAGGCAACGGGCACCGGAGGUCCUGAGACCUGUCACAGCCACCACAAUCAUCACCAUCAUCACACUAAUGCCCAUAUGUCUGCUGCCGCUCAGCUCUUUCGUCCUCCUCUCAAGGUGAAUCCUAAUAGCCAAGACCAAGAUACGCAACAAAUCCAAUCAAAGCUUGGCAACUAUUCGCUCGUGAAACAUCUGUUGGAAGAGCCAAAGAGGUUGAUAGGAAUAGAGGGAGUGCCUGCUAGUCCAGCUCCAUCGUCAUCGUCGUCAAGCUCUUCAACGCGAUCAUCUUCAAGUACGAGCAGCAGUAGGAGUUCACCUUCUUCACAAGAGUUCAAAAAACCCGGAUGUAAUGGUCCAAGAUCAUCAUCGUCAUCAAGCCAUACAUCUCAAAGAGGCGGGUUUGUAAAACCUGCCGAUGGAAAACCACCUUAUAAUGGUCGUGGUGGAUAUCCAGGUCAACCAGUCAAACAUGGUGGCAGCAGCAAUGAUCACAGAAGCCACGGAAUCCUUCCCGCAAAAGGUCCACCUUCGUCAGCUACUGUAAACACGAAUUCUACCGGAAACAACGGCGGUCUAACUUCUUCCGGAAACUGUCCUCCUGCCCCAGGCAAUACAGCUAAUUUGAGUAGAGCUCAUGCAGCUGCUUCCAGACUCUCAAGGCUACCUCUUGACAAUGGAGUGAAGCAUGGAGCUAAUGAGAGUACUGCUGACUUGGAAAACAUUCUUAAGGAAAUGACGAUGCCGCCCACACCACUUACAGCCAUUGCACAAACGCCAAGAAAAGAACUCGAGUCUAAAUUUACAUUCAAUCCUGUACUGGCUAAGUUGGAGAUCCCACCAGAACCCACAAAGGCACCACAACGUGAGAGACAUGGAGCAAGCAGGCUGUCAGCAGAUCUUGAACGUGACCUGAUUCUUUCUGAGGACAGUGACGAUGAAGAUGUCAAGAAUCCAAUUUCAAGAUUACCAAGAGGUAAUAGAAGUCCUGAUUUAACAGUGGACUUAUCAACGCCACUGAUACCAGCUAUGACACCAGCUCCACCACUGUUGGCGCCAAUGUCACCAAUGGGAAUAUCUCCCUUGGGUCCACUGUCAUCUCCGAGAGCACUCAGUCCUCCACGGAAUUCAUCGCCACCCAAACACACGCCAAUAGAGCAGCAGUUGUCACCGUUGCCUGGAAGUCCUCAGAGAAAAUGUUCUCCAAGCACAAUGACACAAAUGAGACCGCCAAGUCCACCUGGUCAAGCACCUGGGAGUUCAGGUAGUGCUAGUUCCAGUUCAGAUUCCGGAUCAGAUUCAGGAUCAGACAGUAGUGAUGAUUCUGAGGAUGACUCUGCACCGCUGCCUCCAAAAGGACCUUCCACACCGCCUUCUUCCUCUCCUAAAGUUCCUGUAGAAGAACCACCUCCUGCAGAAGAGUCGAAAUUCAGGUGGGAUCUCAAGACAUAUUUCAACAAGACUGCAGUGCAAACUGGUGAUCCGAAUUCCGAAAAUAAGCCUAAUCAGGGCGAAGCUACUCGACGUGACAGUUCUCCCGAAGAAACUUCUCAUGAGAUACGAGGUCGAAGAUCUGAAACAAAUCACAUGAAUAACGACUGGAAGAUGGAUGACGCAUUAAAGAGAACAAGAAAUACAACGAUGAUGGGAGUGUUGAGUGAUAAUGAGCAAAACUCUGAUUUAGAGAAGAAAAAGAAAGCUCAAGAGCAAAGAUCUCAGUUACAAGAUAAACCAAAGCCGCCAGAUGUACGAAAACGUGGAAGACCACGGAAAACUGUGAAUGAAACAGUAAAAAGUCCGAGAAGUCAUAGAAUGUCGAUAGAUGAUGCAAAAACAAAAAGAAGUAAGCCACGUAGUGUGAGUAGUCCUAAAAAGAAAGCACCUAUAUCAAGACUUACAAUUGAUAAUAGUGAUGAAGUAAGUGAUUCAAGAUCACAGGACAGAUCUAGUGAUUCAGAAUGUGAACGAUCGACAAGAAUUUCUCCGGUGCCAGUUAUUCCAGCUGAGAAACGAAGAUCUCGAUUGAGUGUUUCAUCAAGUGAAGAUGAAAGAACUAAUAAAAAUAGUGGGUCUGAAGACGAUCCGCGUUGGAGAAGAAUACCAAUGAAGCGAAGUAAGCUUACAGACUCUCCAACAAAGAAACAAGAUAAGAAAAAGAGUCCCAGUAAAGUGAAACCUCGACGUCCGAGAUCGAGAGUAACUAACACUUCAGGUUGUGCAUCUGAUUCAGACAGUGAUUUAGAAACAAACUUACGGAACAAUCGAAUUCAGGUGGCGAGAGUACCACCAAGACCGAGAGCUCCGCUGGCGAGAGCUACAUCGCCGGAUAAUUCAGACAGUGACAAUAGUCCGACACCAAAACUGCAGGAAGAAGAUGCUGGAAAUGUUCAGGAUAAAAAGAAGAAUGAUACAUUGAGAAAGCUAUUCUCAACUGCCAAGGGUGGAGCAAAGGGUGGUGGAAAGGGUGGAAAAGGUGGUAAAGGUGGAGGAAAAUGUGGUAUUUAUGUAGAAGAGUAUACGGGAUCAGCAAACACACCAACGGGUGGUGAAAGUCCAUAUAAGAGACCAUCAUCGCAAGCUUCCUUGACACCGAGCUUUCCGCCAUUGACGUAUGUCAAUGGAGUUCCGAGUCUCUUAUGUAAACUCGACCUCAACAGAAUUCCACACAUACCACAAGCCUCUAGGGGUCAGGAACUUAGACAGCGUACGGAACUUCCUGAUACGAGGCCGGCUUCCAGGCAAUCCGUUGUUAAAGCUCAACGACCACCGACACCGGAAGAAGGUGAGAUUGUUGACACUCCUACCACUCCACCAUCUAUCGAGUAUCGAACCCAUGGUGAUAGUCAUCGAGUAAUUGAUCCGGCAAUAACAUUAAAAAGUAAACGGUCAGAAGUGAAAAAUGAAUUCACUAACGGGGAUGUGAAAAAUCGAGCUAUUCCUAGUGGUAGUGGAAUAACAAGUGGUUCUACGAACUCUAGUGUAGGUGCUAGUGUAAAUAUUAUUGCUACUACUGGUGAUCAUGCGCCGAAACGAAAACGUAAUCCCAGCUGCAGUUCUGUAUCCAGUUUGGGUGUGUGUUCUAUAGACUCAAAGGUCAAGUCUGAGCACAAAGAAAAGAAAAAGAGAAAAAGAAAUCAUGCUGACAAAGAGUCUAAUUCUUCAAGGUCUUCUUCUCAUCAGCAAAAUGACAUACAACCUACAAAUCAUGAGCGAGAAGAUAAGUCUGACAUUAAAUUGUUGCCACCACCGGCAGCACCACCUCAGCGUCUCUAUUAUUCUUAUUUCAACCACCAGAACGAUGUUUUGGAGGACCAAGAUAGGGACCAGAAUCAGUACCUGACCGAAGCUAAAAGAUUAAAACACACUGCGGACGAAGAAUGCGAGUUAACCGCACAAGGCAUGCUAUACUUGGAGGCAGUUUUGUACUUUUUGCUCACAGGCCACGCUAUGGAGUCUGAUCCAGUCACUGAGAGAGCCUCUUUUACCAUGUACAAGGACACCCUUAGUCUUAUAAAAUAUAUCUCAUCCAAGUUCAAGAGCCAGCAGAACAAUUCACCGGAAAGUAGUAUACAUAACAAGCUAGCGAUCUUGAGCUUGUGGUGCCAGUCUUUAAUUUAUUUGAAACUCUUCAAAAUGCGCAAACAUGAAGUUAAAGAAUACCAAAAAGUACUAUCAGAAUAUAAUCAAAAGUCAGCACAACCAACGCUAGUGCAAGCUGAGGGUCAAGGAACUCCAUCACUGUCUCCAACUCCAUCUCCAGCAGGUUCGGUAGGUUCUGUUGGCAGUCAAAGUUCAGGAUAUAGCAGUGGUGAGCUUGCUAACCGCGGUGUGGUCUCAGGACAACCACCUGCAGCCACAUAUGUUAGUGUUCCUCUUGGUAUUCACACAGCUAUGCAAAAACAAAAUCAUCAUUUUUCAUUGUUGUUGAAUUGCCAUGAAUUAUGGGAUCAAGCGACAGCGUUAGUUACUGAUAAGCAUCGAGAUUUCUUCAUUGAAUUAGAUGAGAAACUUGGUCCGCUCACAUUGAAAAGUUCAUUACGAGAUUUGGUGCGCUACGUACAAGCUGGAAUAAAGAAGUUGAGAGCUCUCUGACCCCAGUGGCAUAGUCCUAGGCCGCCCACUCCUAAUUAUAUAACGGCACUUCCUCAUAACAUGGCAACUUACCCAACCAUGUUUACGUAGCCAUUGCGAUUAAUUCGCUACAAAGGCAAUAAUUAACAAUACUUCACAACAAUCAAUUGAUUAAAUCGUAGGGUGGCGAGGACGAAUAUUUUUUUUUGAAUGAAUUUAGGCAAAAGGGUCAUGUCUGUUCAUUAAAUUAUAUUGCGUUAAUCAAAUGAGAUUACCUAAAUCGGUUAGCCGAUAAGGUAAAUGAUAAAAAUAGUACUCACAUCAAUCGAUGAAUCCCAAAAAAAAAAUUAAACUCAAUUUAGAGACUGCAAUAAUGCAUAAUAAAUGAAAAGAAGAGAAAACAAAGGGAAAUAUGUAGAUCUCGGUGACGAGUGUGAAUGAAAGUUGUACUCAUUUCUAUUCUUCCUAUUUCCGAGAUAUUCUGCUUUUGUAAAAUGUGCGUAGAAAACAAUUGUACUUGAUGAGUUUCGUGGUGCUGCGAAGAGGCAGUAUCCUUGUAUAUUGUAUGUCAGGAGCUUCCUCUUCAGCAAAUUGUACGCACGAAUGCGUCACACAAGUAAUAUUAAUGAAAACUAUAUAGACGGAUAUAAAGUGCAGAUUAAUCUAUACAAUAUAUGUGUAUAAAUAUUGUAUACAUUCUUAUAUAUAACGUAUAUAGAAAUGAAUAAGAAAGAAUGAGGACGGUUCAUCUUUUAACGGAAAAACGUUACCGGAAGUUAACCGUUGUGCACUACUGGAAAAAUAACUUUUGUAGAUAAGCAACGAUUAUAUAGUUAGAUUAGUUAUUAGUAUGUAACAAAAAAAGAAAAUCAAUACAUAUUCUUUACAUGAUUAUCUAGUUGGUAUGGGAAUCACUACUAAAGGAACUCUGUUCUAGUAGUUGGUAUAGACAAAAA